AUUUUUCGGAGGGUCGUUGACUGCAACAGUGACGGUUGGACAUGACAAGGAUUCGCCACUCACUACGAUCCCUAUUUUUCGGAGGGUCGUUGACUGUAACAGUAACCCGCUGCACUCGGCGAUUCAACAGUAUAAAGUGAGGUAUGUAGACUCUCAAUACCAUUUAUUCCAUCAUCAUCAUGGUUAAUCAGUCUACUGUCAAUGACACGGCCUCGCUCGCUGAGUCCACCUCAACAUGUUUAAAUAUAUCGUCAUCUCCGCAGCCCAUAGUGGACAAUGUUGCAAAACGUGUCAAGCUUAUCCUUGCACAGGCCACAGCAACCCCCUCUGAGUUGCACUCCGCUGCUCCGGAAGUAAUUGAUGUUGAUGUUGAUGUUGAUGAAAAUGAUGUGGCACCUCCUGCCGCCGAACAGGAUGACGAAGCUGAUCUAAAUACUCUCAAGAAAACAUGGCGUUCAGCAGUCUAUUCGUUUUUUAAGCUUGACGCUGUGGCUGUCCAGUAUCACGAUGGACGUCUAGUUCAUUUCUUCCCUUGCGGGGCACACAAGUGCAAACUCCCUUCCGGAGGUGUCCGCCGCUUCCAGGACUCCGGGGACAAGUCAUCGACUACGAAUCUAAGGCAUCACACCAAUGGCCGUUGGGGCAAAGAGGCAGUUGAUCUUGCAUUUAGUGGCGGAAAGGUACAGGCCACGAGCGGAUCAGUUUUCUCUGAAUCUCGUCCGAGAAGAGUACAUAGAUCGUUACAAAGACCAGGUCUCACCUUCAACUCCAGCUGCACAUGUCUCGGUAGAAGACAAGGUACGACAAUGUGCUGAUGACUUUGGUGACAUAUUUCUUGGCACAGCAGCAUCUCUAGUAGAUGAGCUUGACGACUAUUUGAGGCAACCAGUAGAGAAUACCAAAGUCCCACUGCAAUGGUGGGUCCAUAAUCAAAAGACGUAUCCGAAUUUGCACCGGAUGGCACUUGAUUACCUUAGCAUUCCUG